AUGGAUCAACACUCCAUUGGUUCGUCGGCACUGGAGUCGAGGGUCCUAAUUAUCAUGACUGGCGGAACCAUAUGCAUGAAGAGAAGCCCAAAUGGCUUCGUACCUGCAAGAGGGUUCCUGGAGUCUGGCAUGGCUCCUCGUCCUUCAUUUAACGACUUUUCCAAUCCCGAUGAUAUUGUCAUCGUGGUCGACGACGGGACCGAGGUGUCUCACCGUAGCCUGCGAACGCCAGUCAGUACGUAUCAAAAGCAUGUUCGGUAUGCUGUGUUCGAGUUUCAAGAGCUUCUGGAUAGUUCCUCAAUCUCCUCUGAAGGGUGGAGCCAAAUUGCUCAGACAAUCUUCAGAAAUUACAAGCUCUUCGACGCCUUUGUCAUCCUACAUGGCACAGACAGCCUUGCCUAUACGUGCUCUGCGCUCAGUUUCAUGCUGCAAAACCUAGGGAAGCCGGUCAUCUUGACAGGAAGCCAAGCGCCAAUGCUAGAGCUCCAAAAUGAUGCCACAGAUAACUUGUUAGGAUCCUUGAUCAUUGCUGGCCACUUUAUGAUACCUGAAGUAUGCCUCUUCUUUAAUUACAACCUUUUUCGCGGGAACAGGACUACCAAAGUCUCUGCUAGCGAUUUUUCAGCCUUUGCGUCGCCAAAUGCGCCUCCAUUAGGAACUAUCUCAUCACUCAAGACCCACGUGAAAUGGGAACUGAUUCAUAGGCCAACGCAUCUCGAGCCAUUUAGUAGACAAACGAAUCGUGCAACGGCCGAUGUAGCUUGUCUGAGGAUCUUUCCUGGCAUAGAGCCCCGAAUGGUCGAAGCUGUGCUUCAGCUUGAUGGCCUUAAAGGUCUAGUGCUAGAGACUUUUGGCGCAGGGAAUGCCCCUGGAGGACCUGAUGGAGCUCUCACCAAAGUGUUUGCAAACGCAAUCAGAAGAGGCAUCAUUAUUGUCAACAUCACUCAGUGUGAGAAUAUCCACUCAUGUACCCGGACUGCACUUAUCCCCAUUGUAGGCAUGACCGGAACUGUCAGUCCCCUGUAUGAACCCGCGAUGUUGCUGAAGCAUGCUGGCGUCAUUCCUGGGCAUGAUAUGACCUCCGAGGCCGCCCUUGCGAAGCUUUCCUAUCUCCUUGCGAUGCCAGGCUUAAACCCUGAAGAUAUCGUACAGAAGAUGUCUGUUUCUUUGAGAGGUGAGAUGACAGAGCAGGUGAACAUGGUAUGUUGGUAA